GAAAGAAAGAAUCAAAACUUGUGACUUUGACACCGUUCCCUCGACCCCUGGCCUCCCCCGACGCCGAUAUUGACACACCUCGUCACCUUUGACUGCACCAACCUGGAUGUUACAACCCGCCCGGCGUUCAACUCGACUUCUCCCAACCUUACCUUGAUUGCUCUUCCUUGCUUCGACUCAAACCCUACCUUCUAGGUAGCCUCCUUCUAUUAUUCGCCUCAACUGCUUAAACCUCACAAAAGGCACUUGCACACAGCACUGCCGGUACUUUGGUCCAAGCUUCGGGUCUGGUCCGUCCGCUGGUCUUCUCAUAACAAGUUGCUCUCUUGCUCUUGCGAUACGGAUUCCCUUUCUGGUCUUAUUGUUUUGUUGAUUUUUGAUUAUCCGUACGGAGUUGACGGCUCCAUAAAGAGAAAGGACCAGCACUUGGGCCCACAACAGCGCAAACGCAACACGCACAUCCCCGGGCCCCCGGUCCCUCGAACCCCGAAUCGUCAAUCUCCACAACUACAACUUAGCCAGUCUACCCCGAAACUUCGACACCAUCAUUCACUUCAUUUCUUUUCUUCCCACCUUUCCAAACUGCCUCAUUCAACUGCCCUUGGCGUCUGUCAACACCUGAAAGACAACCCCGCCCCCAGCUUUCUUCAACACCUGCAUCACGUCAACAAGAUUGCAUCUCUGUCAUGCUCCUCGGCCUGCCAUAUUUGAGCCCCCACGAAACACAGACGUCGACGUCAACAUUGACCCCCCCGUUGACGACACGUGAAGACCAACCCACGCUCACCUUAUAGAGUGGGACCCCGCCGACCUGAUCACUGCUUUGGCACCCGAUCAUCAAUAUCCUCACCUGCCGCCAACAUGCCUCCGAGGAGAUCACACAAAAAGUCGAGAGCCGGCUGCAAGCGUUGCAAGUCGCGCAAGAUCAAGUGCGAUGAAGUUCACCCGAGGUGCGGCAACUGCCUCAAGCACGGCGUGCCGUGCGACUUCGAGAACCCCGAUAUGUUCGACGAACUCCUCACCGCCCUCACACCCUCGAAUACCCAAUCGUCACAGUCUCCCAUUGACAGAGCGUCAUCCACAGCACCAUCCCCAUCAGCACACCGGGCAAAGACGCCCUCUUUUUCUGGCUCACCACCUGCCAUGAACUGCUCACCGCUCUACACCACUCCUUCUACUGCUGCCGUAUCUGCUACAACGACACCCAAUAAUCGACUUCUCGAGUUACGGUUGAUGCACCAAUUCACUUCCAUGACCUCCCGUACGCUAGUGGUGAACACGCCCGCCACGCAGGAUAUCUGGACAAACACGGUUCCGAGGCUGGCCUUCGGCGGUGCCACCUACCUGGCGGAUGCUAUGCUUGCCGUGGCUGCAUUACACCUGCGCUCCUUCAAUCCGGACGACAGGGCACUCAUCAGAGCAUCUCAUUCGUACAUGGCAUCUUCGCUAGCGGCAUAUUGCACAACUUUGCAAAACGGCAUUACUGAGGCCAACGCCGAGUCUCUCUUCCUCACAGCAGCUCUGAUUGCUUUCCAGUCAACAGCUACACGAAUCUUUAUCCGCGACGAAGCCGACCCGAGCGACCCUUCAAGCGCCUAUUCUCUACCACUUUCUUGGUUCCACGCUUUCCAGGGUGUCAAAACGGUCGUGGCAACAUCCUGGCCUUGGAUUCGUAAUAGCGGCGUUGUCAUUCCCAUCAUCGACUCUCAACCCGUCCUCCAGCUGGAUCUCGAUGCGACCUCGCCCACCUCUUUCUUUGGAAAGUUGCUCGACAACUUGGACGAGGAGCUUCAAACCGAAGACACUCUUAUGGCUAUGUCAACUAGGCAAUCGUACCAGCAUGCUAUCGCCGUUCUCAACUGGGCACACAAAUUGCCUCAUCGCGGCGCCGCCCUCGCUUUUCCCGCCACCGUGUCAAAGCGCUUUAUUGAAUUGCUAGAAGAGCGUCGACCUCGCGCCCUGACGAUUCUUGCUUGCUUCUUCGCGCUGCUGAAAGGAUUCGAGUCAGCAGUUUGGUGGCUAGAUGGUGUUGCUCGGAGAGAAGUCAUGGGUAUUGUCUCCCAGUUUGAAGCCACAAGUCCCUGGUGGGAGCACCUUGAGUGGCCCGUGCGGAUUGCUCUCUACAAGAACACCAUCAUUCCACCAGAAGUCUGGGGUUCAGACUGGGUUACCGAGGAAAGCAAGGCGGAAAAGGGCCACAACAUGACUGCCGAGUCCUUUGUGAACCACAUCGAAAUCCUGACUGGUGUUUUUCAAAAAGCACAGCAGAUCCCGGUGACAGGCAUCACGAUCCCGGCGAACGCGGUGUAAGCGCAACAGCUGGCUAUUACGCAGACACACUCGACGUAUGGGAUUACGCAAACUCCAGAUUGGCGAAUGCUUAGAUCGGCCGAUCUUGACGGCAUGAGAAUUUCACAUAAGAAUGGAAUGGUAGGAGUCACGGAUAUUAGGAGUUUCAUGUGGCAAGGCUGCGGCUGGGUAACCUCUGGACAGAAGGCAUUACGCAUGGACGGGUCACUUUUGUUUCGACCUUACCUCUCUCCUUGCGGCCCACACGCCGUUCAGAGGAAAGGGCGAGACGGGGAUUUAUCAUCAUUAUAACACAUAUGGGUAAGGAAAUUAUGAGGGACUAUGGUUGAGCAUUUUCGCGGAAAUGGAUGGUUACGGUGUUUCUCGGGUAUCAUAUAACGGCUGAUAGCGGGGUUCUACAGCCAGGACAGCUCAGGCAGAGCAUAUUUUUGACACAUUUCC